AUGGCAAUCGCCGAGGAAGUUGGGAUCCGCCUGCCUAAACAAACCCGGUUUGAUCGCAACGUGAAAUCUGUGGAGAAUCCGACUGUUGAUACUCCUAUCCGUGGGAAUGAGAUGAUGGAAACUGCGGAUGUUGUGACUGCGAAUCGUGAGACUGCGUUCAGUAAUACUGCGAUUAUGGAGACUGCGACCCAACCCUUUUUUCAAUGGUCGGGUCCUCACAAGUACAAAGGAGAGUUCAAGAGCGGCAUGUGGAAACUUAAACGUACCAUGGCAUUUUGGAAACACGACAAAGACAAUAAGGUCAUCGACGCGCCGAAACUAGGGAAGUUGUUGGAGGCUAAAAUGAAAGCAUCGGGAUCGAAGCACGUUGAGCCGGACGAGGUCAUCAUCACCAUGUUCCUCUCUUACAGUCCACUGGAUGUGGUGAAGCUACUAAAAUCGCUUCGUGAGAUUGAGGGCAUGGAAGGUAAGGCCGACGCGUUGCACGGGCGACUACUUGCGAUCCUCAAAGAGCAUCCAGGGGUGGUGUCUUACGCGUGGAUGGAGUCGGAAUAUCUUUCCGAAGAGCUUUUUAAGGUCGUCCGGUUGGAUGGAACGAUAGACUACGAUGAAACAUCAGUAUUUCUAUCAGAGUGGCUAUGGUACAUUGGCAAGUACAGCGAAACACACUUACAUUUAUUUCGCGUAGAACACGCUGUGAAACUUUUGUUUCAAAGCAAAGGGGCUAAAUACGUGAACGCCUUUUUCGAUGGAAUGAAAGGAGUACCUGGACGUGAGAAACUCGCCGAUGGGCUGCUCGAACUUUACGUUGAAGCUAAAAACUCCCCAACCUGGACAGAAAUCUAUGGCACAGCAAAAAAAUAUUUGCAGAGAUACAUCAAAAGUCAGCACCUCGCCAAGAGGGGGUAUCGUGAUGGAAUAGUCGUGAUGAAGAGGUAUCUUUAUCUGGAAGAAACACUAAAUUACUACGAGGCUUCUUUCGUAAGGAAAGCAUUAUCGUUGGAGGAAAGUCCACUGCGUAUUGUGGAAUUUCUGGUGAAACUCUAUGAGAUCGGGGGGGCGUAUGAAGUGGUCGUCGGACUGCACAGAAUGCUACUUGCACACUACACGAUUAACUCAGAAGCGAUGUGUCACGCGUGGAUGGAACUGAAAUUGCACCCACAAUAUGUUCUCGAUAUGCUUGGGUUGACUAUGGAUCAGCGAAACACUGAAUUAAAACUGUCAGCUUAUCGGUGUGGUUAA